ACUUAUCAAUAGAGUCUCGUCAUCAGACGAAAGCAUGAGACAACGAUAUUCGUUCGCGAUCAAAUUAUCAAAAUCAUUAUUUGUUUUUACGCUGUCAAAUUAUUAACUGUCGUUUACCUUUUCGGAAGAAUGUUUAUUGUUUGAUAGUGUCAACAAGACAACGUCACAUACUUAGUUUCGGCUGGAUUAUACGAUCUGUCUUAAAUAUGGUACUACUCGACAAGACCAAAUUUUUAGAAGAACUAAACAUUUUGUUUAAUACAUCUCAGUCAUCUGGAUCAGUAAGAAUAACGAUGAAAUUAUUGCUAUUGAAUAAAGAACCAAAGGAUCAAAAAGUUAAAAUUGAAGUUCCUAAGGAAAAAGUGUGUUUGAUCAGAGCUACAUUCAAAAACAAAAAAUUAAGUACUAGAAUAACUGCCGAUGAAGUGAGUUCAUUCCAAGAAGAGUAUUGUACUUUGUUGAAAAAUUCACUAAGUAGUUUGAAAAAGACUAAAAAGUUAAAGAAAAAAGUCAUGUCUUAAAGUGUGCAAUAUUGUUUGUAAUAUUUCAACUAUUUUUUCAAACAUAAUGUAUUUAUGACUUGUA